AUGCCGGUAAAAGAAAUUAUACAUUUCAAAACGAAUAUAUCCGAGUAUUUAGAGGGCUUACCCAAAAUUACCCAAGAUCGUUUAUAUCGCGAGUCUGCCACGUGUCUUGCUAUUUUCAGACUGCUCCCGUCUCUAGCAAAGCAUUUUGUGAACGCCUUGUUGUAUGUAGAAGACCCUUUCUUAAAAAAAGAUUUACAGCAAUGGAUCAAGCCAGAGGGAGCUUCUAAACUCGAAGAGAGUUGGGAAAAAUUAUCGCGAUUACAUAUAUUGGCGGAAAAGGAAGGGUACAUAAUCAUGAACAAAACUUUUCGGGAAAACUACAGAAAUUGUCUUACUGGCGGUGGGGAACAUCAAUCUUUUGGUGUUCCGCCGAGCUCCAAUGACAAGCAUAGACCAGAAAAUAUUAUCGAGUUUCUAGAUGAUUAUGCAAAAAAACAAUGGGAGUCUAUAUUGCACUAUAUGGUUGGUACGAGAACAAAACGUCCAGGGAGGGGGGUAGUUAAUUUACUUACCGAAUCAGGACUUAUGGCCGAGAGGCAUGAUGGAGACGAAGAUCCGCAAAUAACAAAUAGAGGAUUUCAAUUUCUACUACAAGACAUAAACACGCAAGUGUGGGCUUUUUUACUUCAAUAUCUAGAACUUGCAGGGAUACUGAAAAUGGAUCUUGUGGAAGUUCUCAAUUUCUAUUUCUUAUUGGGAAGUUUAGAACUGGGGCAGGAUUAUUCAAUCGAUCAAUUAACUCCCACACAACAGCAGCUCAUAGAGGAUUUAGCGUAUUACGGUCUCGUCUAUCGUAGAAAAAAAUCUUCACGGCGAUAUUAUCCAACAAGACUCGCCACAACACUCACCUCUGGUACUAAUAUGACGUUUACUAAGCAACAUUCCAUAAGUAUAAUAAAUCCGCUUGCUGUAAAAGAUACACCAACAGAACAAGGAUUUAUUGUUCUAGAGACAAAUUAUAAACUUUAUGCAUACACAAACUCGCAACUUCAGAUUUCUGUUCUCAAUUUAUUUUGUGAACUGACUGGUCGUUAUUCAAAUAUGGUAACUGGCAUGUUGACAAGAGAUAGUGCAAGGAAAGCUCUGAUGAGCGGUAUAACAGCAAAUCAGAUAAUAUCGUAUUUGGCAUCACACGCACACCCUCAGAUGAAACAAAAGAGUCCUGUACUUCCAUUAACCGUAAUCGAUCAAAUACGGUUAUGGGAGAUGGAGCGAAAUCGCUUACAAGAUACUGACGCAUUUUUGUAUACAGAAUUCAAAAGUGAUCGCGACUUCAAUAGUAUUCUUGAACACGCGUACAAAUUGGGGAUAAUUAUAUGGGCCAAUCCGACUAGAAGGGUAUUUGCUGUAACUGAGGAUGGGCAUCCACAGAUACGUGAGUUCAUUAAAAAACGUAUGAAAAAAAAUGGGCCACAGGCCAGUGGAUCUUCGUCAAAGAUCAUUGGCUUAGCUUUCGUACUAGCUGUAGGAUUCUUACUUGCUAUUCUGUCAUGCGCACUUAAUAAUAAGUGGUGGCCACUCUUUGUUGUGGCGACAUUUGUUAUUGCACCCUUACCAAACUGGAUAUUUGGCGGAUGCUCGAAUGGAGAUGAUUUUUAUUCGGAAAAUUCAAGUAGUUUAAAAGAUUUUGGACAGUUUCUUACGGGCAUUCUGAUUGUGACCGGAUUUGCAUUACCUUUUACACUUGCUCACGCCGGAAUAACGUAUGCAGCCAUGGCAAUGAGCAUUGGUGGUGGAAUUCUCGUUUACUCGACAAGACAACAGUGCAAGUCAAACAACAAAGGUCGACAAUGUGUAUGGAUAUGUGCCGAUUAUACCGACUGUCCAAAUACCGGGGGAACUUGUUCGAACGGAGUUUGUCUUUACGAUUCUGAUCAAACGUUAAAUAUAACUAGCACUUCUUCAACGCCAACUCGAACUCCAGCAGUUGUUUCCGACAAAUCUUUUGAAAAAAUCUUUUUAACAAUGCUCAUAUUAGUUGUGGUCGGUGCAGGCAUAUUUGGCAUUUGGUGGUAUCGUAGACGACGCAUACGUAUACACCGAUUCCAAACAUUGGUGAGUAAUACUCCACGAAAUUCAAUUAUUAGCACCUCGAAUACUUUAACGCGUGGAAUGGAAGAAAGAGGUGAUUUUUUGGAUGUUCGAGGAAUAUCACCUCGAGAAAUUCCACACGAUAAUAGAUCAUCAUCUAAUGAUGAUGUGGUACAUCAAGCUGCCGCUCUGACUGUUGGUAGUGGUGAUAAUAUUACAUAUGGAGCUGGUGUUGGUGGUACAAGUGGUGGUGUGGCUGGUGGCGGUGAUUUUGAAGCAAAUACGGAAAUCGAAGAACCACUGAAUGAAACUACAAUCUAUGGUGAUACUGGUGCUUCCACGUCUUCAAUUGAUCUUUCCGCUGAAGGGAUACAUCCUCAUCAUGGAGAACCUUACCCGGAUGAUGAAUGA